UAAAAAGACUAUACAGCGGAGGAAACACACGUUAAAAGCCUUUUGGGAUUUAAAAACUAAGACAGUCCAGCCAACUACAGCUCCACCAUGGUUUGCUGCAAAGAGGGAAUCUCGAAGUACAUAAUUAUAGGAUUGAACAUUAUAUUUAUGGUGCUUGGUCUAGCCGUCAUGGUCCCAGGAAUAGUUAUGCUGACAAAUAUUGACUUCCUGAGUGGCAACAUUGAACCCUUGCUGGACAAGAUAUCCUUCAAUGGCAUCAAUCUGUCAAACAUCGCUAACAACCUCCCAAUCAUCUUUAUCAUCGUUGGCGCGUCGAUACUCUUCAUAGCUACACUCGGACUGGUUGGAGCCUGCUGUAAAAUCAAAACCUUGCUUGUUUUGUACGCCCUCAUUGUUAUAGUACUGGCCUUGGUGCAAGUCAUCAUACUAGCGUUCUUCUUCCUUCUGAGGACCCAGUUGGAUGAUACUAUAAAGGAUGAGUUCCUGAGCCAACUACAGUCAAGCUACACAAAAGAUGACCUGGACAAGAGUGACGAAGUGUCUUCAGCGUUCAACUAUAUGUUUAUGCAGAUGGAGUGCUGUGGUGUGAAUCCGGUAACCGCGACAACAAACGACUUCGACCUCACCCCCUGGCGGAGUGGAGAUGGAGUCUCCUUAAAGAUACCAAAAGGAUGCUGUAUCGGUGUAACCGAGGACACAUACUCCGCCUUCGUCAAUACAGCGUGUACCGACACUGCAACUAGCGGCACAUAUCACUCUGAUGGCUGUUACGACGCGAUCAUGUCAAGUUUUGGAUCUACUCUAGAUAUGAUGGGAUACAUCUGCCUCGGUGCACUACUGCUGCAGAUUUUGAUAGUGAUAUUCACUUUCUGUCUUUGCUGCACCUAUAUGAAGAGCGGGACAAUCGGAGUAAGAGUGUGACCCCUUGAUGGACAACCGAUAUCACAUGACUUGACAGAAGUAAAAAAACUGGCGCACGUGUCCUAAUUCAAAACGAAUUCUCGAUUUACUUAGAUGUAACUCGCACUUUUCGAUUGAAGAAAAAACUUUCACUUGGUAGAUGUAACAGAUGUUCCCAACGCAUACGCAUGGACCCGGUGUUUAUUUUGUGUGGAAACAGUUUACCUAUUUGAGCUUGUUUUGCAAACGGCUUAUUGUCUUCAAGGUUCUACUCAAUACACAUUUCUUUUCUAUGCCAUCGAAAUACAUUGUAUGUCUUGACAAAAUCAAAGGCUCUUUACACGCAACCUGGAUUCGAACAUUGACAUCCGAUCACAAUACAGUCGCACAAAGCGACUAAACUGUAUGAUCAGCGGCAAUUGCCAAGCCAAGUCUUACUCAACAUUUAUAAAAUUAACAAAAUCUUACAUUGAUAAUUUUGUGGGGAGAAAUACAGUGCAAUUAAAAAAAUAAUGAUGAAAAUAAACCAACAAAAAGUGAAAAAGGUUUUGUACGUAUUCCAAUGUGAUGUUGUCGAAACUUAAGGAACUUUUGAUUUCAGAUAUAUUAUUGCUAUGUUUAAUAAAAUUGUUGU